AUGUCGCCCGACGCGUGCUGCGCGCACGAUCACGAUUGCGACGCGUCGACGUGCGGGAACGCGUCGCUGCACGCGUUCGUCGACGUCCCGGCGGUCACGGCGUUCAACGCGCGCGAAGACGACGCGGCGCCGGGCGUGAUUCGCGCGUGGGAGCGACGACACGAUCGCACGGGGCGCGCGCUCGUGAGCGAAGACGACGGGGAGCUGGUGAUCAGGAUUCCGUUCACGACGGACGUGAAGCUGCGAGGGGUGAUGGUGCUCGGCGGCGCGGACGGGCGAGCGCCGCGAGAGAUGCGGGCGUUCGCGAAUCGACGGGACAUCGACGCGAUGAACGCGAGCAGGAAGACGCCGACGCAGAAAUGGGAUUUGACCGUCGAUGAGGACGGGGUGCUGGAGUACACGACGGAGGCGGCGAGUUGGCAGGCGACGGCGAGCGUGACGCUUUAUUUUCCGGCGAAUUUCAACGACGACGGCGAGACGGAGAUUUGGUACAUCGGUUUGCGAGGUGAAGGGACGGGGCACGAUAGAGAUAUGGUCGUCACCGCGGUGUACGAGUCGAGCGCACAGCCGCAAGAUCACGAGGUUCCUGAGGAGAAUAAAGCGGCGGCGAGACUCGGGAUGUAG